UAUGAAGUAAUGCUGGUGGAAUGACUUACUUGUCUGUCUGCCUUGGUGACUGUGUUAGGGUCUGUGGAAAUUUUAUUUGCUCUAGUUCAGAACUUCUUAACCUAUGUCCCAUGUACCCCUUUGGAAAUUUAAUUCAGCAUAGGAUCCCUUCUGAGAGUCAUGGUUUUUAGAUGCGUAAAAUAAAAUAUAUAGAAUUACAGAUGAUAUGGAAACAGUUAUCAAGAUGAUAAACAAUUGUGAUACAGUAAUUCAUGUGCUUCUUUAUAACACAUUAAGUAAUGUGCAGGUGCAGGUCUAACAGAUACUAUAAUUGUGAAGUGGCAAUGAGUGUAAAUAUUAUGUUGAGAUAUCUUCAACAGCUGUAAUGUGAUGUGCAGUGUCCUGUGGUUUCUUGGUGACACAGUCACAGGGUUGCUAAUACUACUGUGGGCUGUUACCUAUAUUCACGGUUGAAGGCGGUGCUAAGUUUUACUUAAUGGUUAGUGAGUAUGAAGAUCAAAAUUUCCUCCAGCAAGUUCACAGCCGCUACCCCUCCUCUGAGUCUCCACAGGCACCUUGGGAGGUCAUGCAGCCCGAGUUAGGAGCUCCUGCUCUGAACCAGCUGUUUUGAAAGCUGAAUUAUGGCCACUUGCAUUUUAGGCUCUGUAAUUUUUUUUAAGCAUCUUCACCAUGCUAAGAACAAGAGCACAGAGAGGAUAUGAAGUAAAAGUCUAUUUUGCACUCUUUGACGACUGUUCUUGGUCGAGGAGCAAGUUAAAGCUGGUGAUUAGAAUGAGACUUCUGUGUCUGAUGGACUUUACUUUUCCAAACUUCCCAGUCUUCGGCGGGAUGGACUAAGGCUACAGUGCUCCAGUGUCUUGCAUUUUGAGUUUUAGUGGUUCCACCUCCUUUUUUGACCUAAUUAAUUUUCUUACUAGUCCUUCUUCCAAAUAUUGUUCUGGCCACAGAGCACUGGGGAAUGGGUGGUUUUCUUUGCCAUUGGUGUGAAUUGGGGUAUGAACUUUUCCAUUCUUCUCAUUCCUGUAGGACUGAAUGUGAGACUAGCUGGUGUCACUCCACUUUGACCUAAAAAUUCCUUUCUGUUUGGGAGGCCGAGAUCAAUCUUGGAAAGUUCCUCUGUGUCCCAAUGUAGAAGAGAGAGCAAACUGGACAUCUUGGAAGGUGAGGGGCACCUUUGAGAAGGGGUUCCUGGACUCGUCACACUCCUCGCCUCCAGGAUGAGCACUGCAGUCUCGUGACCCUCGGGGUUUCGUGUGCCCUGGAGAUGCGAGAUUUUCCUUUGGCAGCAGGAGGCACGCACCCAGAGGAUGCUGGAGCCGCAAGGGCACAGGACCCACUUCCACAGCGGAGAAAAACAAAGAGGAAAAAGGUGCACAGGUGGCCGGCACUGAGGGACGCCCCCAGCAAGCCGCGGGCCGCCGCCACUGCCCUCAGCAGCUGUUGCUGCUGCCGCCCGAGAGGAACUCGGUGA